UCUCUUCUUCUACUCAAUUUGAAAGGUUGUUCUCAUUUGAAAUCAAAAGAAAGUCCCAUGAGCAUGCAGACGCGGACCCUCUUUCGCUUCCCCCAACCAAUUUCUCAAAACGCUGUCGUUCCCCGCUACGCCAUGUCUCGUUCCUCCGAAACCUCCUUUCCCACCCUCACCACUACGUCUAUUUCAUUCUUUCAACUCCAAGAUAAGAACGCUGACUUGUCGUUGAAGAUUGAAGAAGGCUUUGGACCCAAUGGGUUGGGGAUUCUAUCCGUCUCUGAUGUUCCAGGAUACCCUUCACUGCGCAGAAAUCUAUUGCAACUUGCACCAAGAUUGGCGAAACUUCCCAAAGAAGUAAAGGAGGAUCUUGAAGAUCCUAACAGUAGGUACAAUUUUGGUUGGAGUCAUGGGAAAGAGAAACUCGAGUCAGGGAAGCCAGAUAUAUUAAAGGGAUCUUUCUACGCCAAUCCCAUACUUGAUACACCUACAACAGAGACUUCUUUGCUACAACGGUAUCCAUCAUAUUGUGGAUCAAAUAUAUGGCCUAGGAACACUUUACCGGAACUUGAGUGGGUAGCUUUCAAAGCACUUGGCAUGCUGAUAUUUGAUGUCGGAUUGAUGUUGGCAUAUCACUGUGAUCAAUAUGUAUCGAGAGGGAUGAAAACUCGUAAGGAUGAAGGUCUGGAAUCAAUACUUCGUCGCUCCCGCUGUCACAAAGGACGUUUGCUAUAUUAUUUUCCUUCCCAACAAGGUUCUUCAGAUGCUAUCAUUUGCCUAAUUUUCAUUUCAAUUCAAUAUGUAGGUCUAACUUGUGGUAUGUUUACGAAAGAUGGUGUAGAAAUGUCUUGCCCUGAUAGUGCUGCUGGCCUCUAUAUUCGAACAAGAAGUGAUCAAAUUGUCAAAGUUGUCUUCGGAGUAGAUGAUAUAGCAUACCAAAUUGGUGAAACCACUGAAAUACUUUCUGGAAGUUAUCUUUGUGCAACACCUCAUUGUGUUCAGGCUCCCAAGGGGGAGAAGUCUUCUGGCAUUGAGCGCUCGACAUUUGCAUUAUUCAUGCAACCGGACUGGGAUGAAAAACUCAAUUUCCCCGAGGAAGUUCGCAUUCAUAAAGAGCUUAUUCCAUCAAAUUCUGCCCUUACUUUUGGAGAGUAUUCAGAGAUGCUGCUGGACAAAUAUUAUCACCAAAAACAGUAAUGUUUACAUCUUGUCUAUUGAUGUUGAUCAAACUAACCU